GUCCUGUGGUGUGAGAUGGCGCAGACCUUCUCGCUGAUAUUCUCUGGCGUGACGGCCCUGGGCCUUGUGGUAGCUUGCAUCUGCUUCCAACGGGACCGCAUCCGCAGCUUCAACAACAUCCUUUACCACGACAAACUGUUCGAGGCGCAGCAGGACGUCCACGGCCAUUUCAACGUGGUGCGGAUGACAAACGGUCAG